CCUGAAUGGGUUAAACGUGCCGUUUCGGGUACAAUGCUUAUGGUCAAUCUUUGAGGGAACCCACUGCAGGAAAAUCCUGACGGUGGGAUUUGUCAGUGUAUGAAUAUCUAAAACAUCCAAAUUGGGAUAUUAAAAUAAAAAUAUGAUCAAAAUAGAAAGCAAUAUGCAGUUGUAGCUGCUCAGUGAAUAAUGUAGACGUUGAGUAUUCAGAAAGUAAAUACCGUGUUAAGAAAACAUGUUUAAACACCAGUUCUCGUGUUUCUGUCUUUUUACAUCCAGGAGUGCAAUAAUGGUAAAUAUCAGUGCUAUUGUAUUGAUAUUCAGAUAGCCUGCCCAGGGUCUAAAAUAUCUAAGGACAAUCCUAUAUUUAUUUAUAUUUAAUUACCGUUUCUUGUAAUUAAUUAUAGUGCCCUCAUUCAGACAAGAGAAAGUGAGAAAUGUUAACUUUCCAGGUCUACUGCCCCAAAUUCGCGAGGCCUUUGAAUUUUCUUAGGAUAGAAUGCUUGGCAUCUCCUUUGAACCUACGAACCUAAGACAACCUGGCAGGUACACAAAUUGUUGCCAACGAGCAUGCACAAAUAUAUCACUUAAAUUAACUUGCCGUUUUCCAAUCAAAAGUUUGUCAUGUAAGGCAUUCUUAACUAUUUCACUCUGUACGGUCAGCUAGCACGCGCUACUGGCAUUACGCGCCACAAUCGCAUUAGCUCGUUCAUCAAAAAAAUAGCUAAAGAAAACUACACCACAGAUUUCGCUAAGAGGAUUUAGCUAAUUUAGUUCGAGGAGGCUUGUUUGCUGUCUGAAAAGCAAAGAAUGGACGACACGGACAAUAUAGAAAAUCAAGCUCUUCAUCUCUGUGAGAAAGACUCUGCCCCGCCCUCACCAAAACGGUCGAAACCAAAUAGGGAAACGACCAAUGAACUUUUUGCAACUGAAGGAGGUUUAGAAAAUGACGGAGCGACACAAAGUUGCGUUCUUUUGACCUUGCAAAGCGACACGCCGUGUGGCAGCUACAACAGUGGGCGCCUCUCAUUUUCCCAGAGUGCCUCUCAGGAACGCGAGACACAUGUUGAGAAUGCACUCCAAGAAAGUGUCACUUUCUCUGGACUGAACUCGGGAUGUGCGGAAACAGAUUGCGCAGCUGAAGAGGGUCCAGCUCAGAAUCGCAAACAGCCGAGUCCUGGUCCUGGGUUAUUUGUAACGGUCGGAGGACGAGCCAGGCUUGCCCCUCGAGCUGCGCAUCAGAAACCAGAGAGCGGUAACCAAGAAGGCCUGGAUGAAACAGGCCUGCCGUACCAGUGUCACCAUCAAAGCCAUUUUGGGGGCACAUUAGAAGCAGGGUAUAUUCUGCAAUGCAUGAGAGAUGAGACCCCCUCGGCUAAUACAUUUGCAAUGCAAAGGAAUUCACUUGAGUACAUCCCUGGGCCUUACAUGCCUUCAUACGAGGCCGAGUGUGGAAUAAUCUCCCUUGAGACAUUUGCAGGAAUGGAAGAAAAUGAGGUAAAAAAUGAGGACAACAAAGCCAGAUCGGAGACCGACGCCGAAGAAGAUGCAAAUAUCUGUAAUACGGAAACGCGAACGCUGGCUAACGUGAGCUUCGCGGCCGACGCGGUCCAGUAUGCGGACGACUCCUCAUUGAACGGCAUUACGUCAGACGGAAAUUCGGAAAAUAACGACCGCGAGGGCAGCGCGGAUCCGGAGGCGGGUUUUCCCGGCGGGAAUCCGGAGCUGGCGGAGCGGGAGCGCGCUUGUUUUCGCGCCGCUGCUGCUCGAACCGCAUCUGCAUGCGCGGACCACGCGACCGGUGACGGGCUCGUCGGGAGCCGCGUGUCUCAGGAGCCGCCGGACGUAACUGACGUGGCGGCUGUAAUCGCAAGGACGGGAGCGGAGCAAACGGAACACGGCGCUUCGGGACGCCGCUCGCCCGCGACGGCGGCGAGUCCCUCGGACACCGCCGCGGACGAGGGAACGCGGUGUUCCGACGGCCGUGCGCCAUGUGCGCCCCGCGAAACAGAUACCGGAGGCUGCCGCGAGGGUGGCGCAGAAGCGGCGUGUGAAACGGCCUGUGAGGAAUGGCUCGGGAAGGACCGCGUUAAAAUUCCGGAGGCGUCCAUCAGAUUAGUGCCAUCAAGUGAAGUAAUCCCCGUUAUCAACAGAAUUCAUAAAUUGGAUGCUCCGCCCUCAGCCGAGGCAAUGACGCGACGCACCUUGCCGCCGCUCCCGUCAAACCACCCGGUGACGCCGUCGUCCCGGAAACGGACGCGGGCUACGGGGCUGACGCGUUGCGAGUACGUCCGGAAACCCAAGCCCGAUUCCCUGUGCGCUGCCCCUCUGACUGUUUCCCUGUCAGUUUCGACUCGUUCGAAAAAAUCCCUCUGCUUCCCCGUGGCGACGAGCUAG